ACGUUGUCAUACACGAUGGUCUUUUUCGGUGCAACUCUGAUUCGCCACUUUCGGCACAACUCGUCAGCGGCAUUUCACAUUGCGGAGUCCGCCAUUUUAACAAGAAAAUCUAUAACCCUAGCUUCGUCAGCAAGCGGUGUGAACAGAGGUCAGUUGCAAUUUGGAAUUCAGCUUGUUCGCGAAUAUUCGAGAGCGUCGAAGAUGAGUACUUUGCCUAGGGUAUUUUUCGAUAUGACCGCCGAUGGCGAGCCCCUCGGUAGGAUAACCAUGGAGCUGCGCUCCGAUGUUGUGCCUAAGACCGCCGAGAACUUCCGGGCUCUGUGCACCGGCGAGAAGGGAUUCGGCUACAAGGGCUCCAUUUUCCACCGCGUCAUCCCCAACUUCAUGUGCCAGGGCGGCGAUUUCACCAACCACAACGGCACUGGCGGCAAGUCCAUCUAUGGCAACAAGUUCCCCGAUGAGAACUUCCAGCUGAAGCACACCGGCUCCGGCAUCCUGUCGAUGGCCAAUGCGGGCGCCAACACCAACGGCUCGCAGUUCUUCAUUUGCACCGUGAAGACCGCCUGGUUGGACAACAAGCACGUUGUCUUCGGUGAGGUUGUCGAGGGUCUGGAUGUGGUCAAGAAGAUCGAAUCGUAUGGCUCUCAGUCUGGCAAGACCUCCAAGAAGAUCAUGGUGGCCAACAGUGGCUCUCUCUAAGCGCGAUGAUGGCGAUUCAUGCAACAAGCGUAAUGUUAAGGCGAAAAAAAAGAAGAAAAACCAUUUUGCAUUUGCAACUCUUUUUCCCAACAAUGAUUUUUUUUUACAAAUUACUGUAAUCUUACGAAAUACAAUACAAAAUAUUUUCAAUAGAGACAGAGACAUGUUUGAAUAUAUUAUAUUCCUCCCAUUCUGGGUUUCUGGCCGAUGAUAAAUCAAUUGUAUAUGGGGGCCAAAAUUCCAUAAAAUGAAAUUAAAGAAAAGAAGCAAAGCCUGCAAGCAGGUUAGGAGAGUGAAAGUGAAUUCAAACUUGUAACGUCCACAUUCCCACUAAGCAGCAGCGUUAGAUCCAUUGCGUUUGAAAUUAACCCAUAUAGCGUUGUUUCCCCUAAGCGUUAAUUACCAACAUAAUGUUCUAUAACAAUGUUCUACGAUAUGUACCGGAAUCGGAAUUGUAUUUUCGUCUUAAUAAAGAAAAGUGAAUAAACGGAAA